AUGGCGACGCUGCUAAAGAACAAAGGCUCCCUCCAGUUUGAGGAUAAGUGGGACCUGAUGCGGCCGAUCGUGCUGAAGCUGCUGAGGCAGGAGUCCGUCACCAAACAGCAGUGGUUCGACCUCUUCUCUGACGUACACGCAGUCUGUCUGUGGGACGACAAAGGUCCCGCCAAGAUCCACCAGGCCCUGAAAGAAGACAUCCUCGACUUCAUCAAACAAGCACAAGCCCGUGUCCUGAGUCACCAGGAUGACACGGCGCUCCUCAAAGCCUACAUCGUGGAGUGGAGGAAGUUCUUCACUCAGUGCGACAUUCUGCCCAAACCCUUCUGUCAGCUGGAGAUCACACUCCUGGGGAAACAGGGCAGCACCAAGAAGUCCACGGUGGAGGACAGCAUCGUCCGCAAGCUCAUGCUUGACACGUGGAACGAGUCGAUCUUCUCCAACAUCAAAAACAGACUCCAGGACAGCGCCAUGAAGCUUGUGCACGCAGAGAGACUGGGGGAGGCCUUUGACUCCCAGCUGGUCAUCGGAGUCAGAGAGUCCUACGUGAACCUGUGCUCCAACCCUGAGGACAAGCUGCAGAUCUACAGAGACAACUUUGAGAAGGCCUACAUGGACUCCACCGAGCGCUUCUACAGAACACAGGCCCCGGCCUAUCUGCAGCAGAACGGAGUCCAGAACUACAUGAAAUAUGCCGACUCCAAGCUCAGGGAGGAGGAGAAGCGAGCGCUGCGGUACCUGGAGACCAGGAGAGACUGCAACUCUGUGCAAGCACUGAUGGAGUGCUGUGUGAACGCCCUGGUCACCUCCUUCAAAGAGACCAUCCUGGCAGAGUGUCCUGGGAUGAUCAAACGGAAUGAGACCGACAAGCUGCACCUCAUGUUCUCGCUCAUGGACAAAGUUCCCAGUGGGAUUGAUCCGAUGCUGAAGGACCUGGAGGAGCACAUCAUGAGUGCGGGGCUGGCAGACAUGGUGGCCUCUGCAGAGACCAUCACUUCGGACUCAGAGAAGUACGUGGAGCAGCUGCUGACGCUGUUUAACCGCUUCAGUCGCCUCGUGAAGGAGGCGUUCCAGGACGAUCCUCGCUUCCUCACGGCCAGAGACAAAGCGUACAAGGCCGUGGUCAACGAUGCCACAAUAUUUAAGCUGGAACUUCCCAUGAAACAGAAGGGAAUGGGCCUAAAGACGCAGCCGGAGUCCAAGUGUCCAGAGCUGCUGGCCAACUACUGCGACAUGCUGCUGCGGAAAACUCCUCUGAGCAAGAAGCUGACCUCCGAGGAGAUCGAGGCCAAGCUCAAAGAAGUGCUGCUGGUGCUGAAGUAUGUGCAGAACAAAGAUGUGUUCAUGCGAUAUCACAAGGCCCACCUGACCAGACGCCUGAUCCUGGACAUCUCUGCAGACAGCGAGAUUGAGGAGAACAUGGUGGAGUGGCUCAGGGAAGUGGGGAUGCCUGCAGACUACGUGAACAAACUGGCUCGAAUGUUCCAGGACAUCAAAGUGUCUGAGGACCUGAACCAGUCCUUCAAAGAGAUGCACAAACACAACAAGCUCGCUCUGCCAGCCGACUCUGUGAACAUAAAGAUCCUGAACGCUGGGGCGUGGUCGCGCAGCAGUGAGAAGGUGUUUGUGUAG